AUGUUGCAUAGCAUUUACGCAGUAUUUUUGUGGGCUAUAGUGCUUUCAGUAACGAUCGAUAUCGUGGAGACUAAGUACGUGUAUCGUCCCGAGAUUCAACGGUGGGUGUCGCAAAAGAAAAUUGUAGCAACGUGGCAAAAUGCUAAGCAGAAAUGCAAAAAAGAAGAUGCCAUAUUUGCAUCACCCAUUGAUGCGGAGAUACUCAAGAUCAUGAAGUCUUACAUCGAAGCCAACAAUUAUUCUACUCCAUAUUUUUUAGGUUUUAAGGCGAUACAUCAUGUUGACGGCGAUGUGCAAUUUUUAUCUGUAGAAGGAGUUGAUUUUUACGAUAUGCCCGACACCGCUUUAGAUAUGAUCGAGAAAAUAGAUCCUUUUGAAGGAGAAUGUUUAAGCAUGGAUUCUCAGAAUAUACGCGCUGUUUCGUGCGAGUUGCGUCUACCCUACAUAUGCUACACGAAUGUGACGGCUAAUGGCACGACGAAUAUAACUAGUACCACUAAAGAAGUAGAAAGAUCUUCCUGUGGGACAGGUUACACGCUCUACCCAACGGGUUGUUACAAGGCUCACUACGUCAACCAGUCGUUUCGCAAUGCUAAAAGGACCUGUGAAGGAGAAGGUGGAUAUUUAGUAGUACUAAAUGACGCUGAGGAGGCAAAUAUCGUCAAGGAUCUACAUUCACAGCCGCCUUUGAACGUUAGUAAGUGGAUUGGUUUAGAAGACCAAAGUCAAAUGGGAGACUGGCGAAGUAUUAAAGGAAAUCAUUUAGUUAAUAUAUACUCCAAGUGGGCCGAUUCUACCUUUACACAACAUUGUGGUGUUAUUCAAACAGACGGUCUCAUAAACGAUUUCAAAUGUGGAAAUAAAAUUCCAUUCAUCUGUGAAAAAGAUCAACAAUCUUCAUAG